UCAUUUAUCAUUCCUCCGCGCCACUUCUUAUUUUUUCACGCCGUCUCCUCUGUUCAUUUCCGCCGCCGCCUCUCUCCCGUUUACUGCCGUCGCCGCGGUCUUCUUUCUACCGCUCGUGCCGCUGAAGGCUUCCCUAGCGAUUCUCUGAGUGUGGAGUCCAAAUUUCCAUAUCUCAUUCCUCAAUUCUACUCCUACAACCCGCUCUCUGCAACAUGUCCGCUUCAUCUGAAACUCCCAUGGAUGAGUCGCUCUCUGCCGGCGUCAGCAAGAAGGCUGCUAAGAAGGAGGCUGCUAAGCAGGAGAAGUUGCGUCGUCGCCAGGAAGCAGCUGCUGAAGUUGCCAUUUCGUCUCUUGAUGUUGAGGACGACCCGCUAUCGGCUAACUAUGGCGAUGUUCCACUCUCCAACCUCCAAUCCAAAGAGGCUAAGAAUAUCGAGAAUUGGACUCAGGUUGGCUCUUUGACAGGGGAGCUUAAAGAUAAGUAUGUGCUGUUGCGUGGACGAGUUCAGACGAUUCGUGCUGUUGCCAAGAAGAUGGCAUUUUUGGUAGUGAGAGAAAAGGGAUUCACUGUGCAAUGCGUUGUGUCAGAGCAGCCCGAGCUUGUCAGUCGCCAGAUGGUUAAGUACGUCGUUGGAUUGAGCCGUGAGUCUAUUGUUGACGUUGAAGGAGUUGUGUCUGUGCCCAAUGUUGCCAUCAAAGGAGCUACACAGCAGGUGGAGAUUCAAGUAAGGAAAGUAUAUUGCAUCAGUAAGGCAAUGCCUACUCUGCCUAUAAAUAUUGAGGACGCUGCUCGUAGUGAAGCUGAAAUUGAGAAAGCGUUGCAGGCUGGUGAGCAACUAGUACGUGUUAACCAGGAUACACGGUUGAACUACAGAGUCCUCGACAUACGAACUCCCGCUAACCAAGGAAUUUUUCGAAUUCAAUGUCAAGUUGGAGCUAUAUUUAGACAAUUUCUGUUGUCUGAAGGUUUUGUUGAAAUCCAUACUCCAAAGUUGAUUGGGGGCUCCAGUGAAGGUGGUGCUUCUGUUUUUAGGUUGGAUUACAAAGGCCAGCCCGCUUGUCUGGCGCAGUCGCCGCAGCUACAUAAGCAAAUGGCUAUCUGUGGCGACUUUGGGCGUGUAUUUGAGAUCGGUCCUGUUUUCAGAGCGGAGGAUUCUUACACACAUAGGCAUCUGUGUGAGUUUACAGGACUUGAUGUUGAAAUGGAGAUCAAAACUCAUUAUUCUGAGGUCAUGAACAUCGUGGACCGUUUGUUUGUCAAAAUGUUUGACAGUUUGAAUGAAAACUGUAAGAAGGAGCUUGAAGCUAUUGAUAGACAGUAUCCUUUCGAACCGUUGAAGUACUUACGAAACACUCUACGACUUACGUUUGAGGAAGGAAUUCAGAUGCUGAAGGAUGCCGGUGUCGAGAUUGAUCCUCUUGGGGAUCUUAAUACAGAGGCCGAGAGGAAAUUGGGACAGCUCGUCUUAGAGAAAUAUGGCACAGAGUUCUACAUUCUUCACCGAUAUCCUUUGGCUGUUAGGCCAUUCUAUACUAUGCCUUGCUAUGAUAAUCCAACUUAUAGUAACUCAUUCGACGUCUUCAUUAGAGGGGAAGAAAUCAUUUCCGGGGCUCAGCGUGUUCAUGUACCUGAAUUUCUGGCCGAACGUGCACAAGCAUGUGGGAUCGAUGUAAAAACCAUAGAAACAUACAUCGAUUCAUUCAGAUAUGGUGCUCCUCCUCAUGGUGGAUUCGGAGUAGGUUUGGAGCGUGUCGUGAUGCUUUUCUGUGGUUUGAAUAACAUCCGCAAAACCUCGUUGUUCCCUCGUGACCCACAAAGGAUCGCUCCUUAGGAUGUCACGAGUAAUGUGUAUGUCGAUUUUCGAAAUUGGCUUUCUGUUGCCUCUUUUCUCCCUUCAUGGAAGAAAAAAUAAAAUAAAAUUUUGAUAUACUUAUGGUUGAUUAAAUACAAUUGUUUUCAUGAUUGUAA